AUGGCCAAGGUCGUCAAGUGUGCGCGUGCCAACACCGUCGAUGACCACGAAACCCAGGCUUCUCCGGCAAAACAGAAGAGAACCGUCGAGCAGCUGCAUGCAGACGUCUCGCUGAUCAGCCGAAAUGACCUAAACACGUUUCUCGUACAGGCAGCGACCAAAGAUGCCGACAUAGCGGAGUCUUCGAAGACGCCGCAGAGCAGUAUCUGGAGAUCGAUCAACCACACUCGCGGCAUGCGGGGCUCAGCGCAAUAUGAUGUGGCGUUCGCCGUGGUGGCUGAAACUGAACAUGACCUUAAAAUCGUGAAACAAUGCGGCUUGCAAAUCCCCAAGACCAAUCUCAACGGUCUCUCUGUUCUGCAAAAGAUCGGCAAGAGUAUCGCGCUCUCUUCCAAUGACACACUGCGCCACGAGGUACAGAAGAAUUUUGGAAACCAAAGCAAUAUGGUAGACGCAAUGUGGGAAAUCGUCUCUACCAUGUCAGAUGAGGAAAGAGAUGCCGUCAAGAAUGGCAGACGGGAGGAACACCGUUCUCUGAGGUUGAAGGAACUGGUCGAUCUUGCAAAGGACUACUGUACCUUUGAAUGA